AUAGAGAGACAUAGACACAGAAAGAGUGGAGGAGAGAGAGGAAGACAGAAGGAAGCCAUUUUGGUUCCACGGUGACAUGUCCGCCGCUCUCUGCUUCUUCUUCUCUGCACACUCUUGAGUCAGACGGUCGACAGGAGGAAGUCAAACGCUCUGAAGACAGUCAGCCGUUACUUUAUCUGCUGAGACGUUUGGUUUUACAUUUGACAGGAAGGAGUGUUGAGGACCGAGGCCCGUCUGUCAGUCGCACCGCGGACGAGUGGCGGGACCAGGAAGACCUGAUCCAAGACCCACGAGGCCGUGAGGUGGUCGUCUGAUGGUCUCCUCCUCGCCGUAGAGCAGGAAGUGUCCCGGUGUGACGUCAGCUGGACGGACCAGUCUGUGAGGACAGGGGACGGGAGGAGGACGCAGGAUGAGCUCGGACCGGGUGCCGUCCAGGUCGGAGGUGAUGGGGUGGAGCCCACAACAGCUGGCAGACUACCUGAAGAGGAUGAGUCUGUCCGGCUGCGACAAGGUUGUGAUGAAGAACAACAUCAGCGGUUCGAGAUUUGUGAACCUGAGUGAUAAUGACCUGCAGAAGUUCCCCAAGCUCCACGCUCCGAUGAUCUCUAAGAUCAGCACUGAAAUCAGCAAGAAGGAGGAGAGGCGGGGCCUGUUUGGUAAAAAAACGACGCCCAAAUAUCACGAACCAGACACCAGUGCUGCUGAUGUUCAUUGCUGGGGUGAAGACGAGUUUGACGAUGAAGACUUCGAUGAUGACUAUGAGAGUCCGAACAGCGGAGACGAGGACGGCAGCGGAGGAGACUACGAGUCCCCGAAUGACGACCUGGACGGGGCCAACGAUUACGAGCCCCCUCCCUCUGAACCUCCGGACGACCUGGCCCACAAGCUGUGCCCCACCCUGCCCAUCGGAGACGGGGAUUACAUAGAUAACAGGGAUAACCAUAUGUCGCCAAGAGGCCCCCCCCCUGCUUUGUGCCCCCGCCCCCCAGUCUCCACCCUGUCGGCUCCGACUGCCCGGAUGCCAGGUGACCCCGUCAGAAGAGACCCCUCCCCCCACUGUGGCGGACGACCAUCAGGAAAGUUUCCUCCAGGACCGCCGCAGAUCUUUCGUGGCAACAAACCGGGCAGAGAAUCAGGAUCCAACUCGUCCCCCAUCAGAGGACCUCACCGCAAUACAGUGGACAGGGAACCCCCCACCUGGUCCAAACCUCCCGUUCCUCCUCCGUCCAGCUCCGUCAGCAGAAGCAACUCCUCAGCCAGGCCUGGUCCCAACAGGUUUGAUGCAAGGAGAGAGCAACCACAUGAUGAAGCUCCUAAACACAACACCUUCCCCCUCCAGAGUAAAGGUCUGCCCCCCCGCCCUGGCCUCCCUGGGCCCCCCUCUCGCCUCGGAGACAGUCUGCCCCCCAGUGUCCCCAAACUGCACUCAGCAAUGGUUGAACACAGAGGCAGCUUCGGUGGAUCAGACAGACCGUCAUUUCGUCCUCCGACCGCAGCGUCACACACACAGGAGCUGGACCCUCGCUGGUAUGUGGGUAAAGUGACCAGAGGUCAAGCAGAAGGAUGUCUGAAACGAGUGCGCAAGGACGGGGCGUACCUGGUGAGGGACAGCACCCGGCAGCUGGCCAAUCAGCCCUUCACCUUGAUGGUCUUCUACCAGGACAAAGUCUACAACAUCCAGAUCAGACAGCAGCACCAGCAGUUCCUGCUGGGAACUGGACUCAAAGUCCAGGAGUCUUUUCCCUCAGUUAGUGAAAUCAUCGGACAUUACUCCCACUCUCCUCUGCUCCUCAUCGACGCCAAAAACCGAGGCUCGGGCCAGCAGAACCAGUGUCUCCUCUCUGACCCAGCCGGGUUCUUCAUGACUGGACAGAACUGGUCCUGACUGGAUCAGACCGGAUCAGACCAACCACCUACCUAAGCGUGGGGGAACCCAGCAGGCAGAGUCAGAUGAAUGUCCAGCUCAGACAUGAUUAGCAGCUGAGCUCACCCUCCCCUCAGAGGUAGGAAGGAGGUUUUUAUUGUGAAUUGGGUGAAAAGGUUUUUGCACCUUUUGAACUUUCUUCAUUCGCUUGCUUUUAAAACAACAGUCUCUGCUCUUCAGACAAUAAACCCUCCAGAGGGUUGAAACCUUCUCCAUUUAGAAAUGUGUCUGAGCCUUGACAUUACAAUCUCUGUGCGAUGCUGCGUUCAGGUCGUGUUGGAUAAACAAGUAUAUUCCACAUUCAAACUAAAGCAUGUUCAUGGCUAAACUGUCCUUCUGUCUGUAGCUGAGCUCAGUGAAACUCACUUCUCAUGAUUGUACUUUCCAGUAUUUUGUUAGUUAAAUGAUGAAGCCUCACAGGCGUCAGGUUACUGUCUGCACUGACUGUGAACGUGUCGCCUGGUUUGUCCUCAUUAAAACUCAGGAAGUCUCCUUCAAUCA